GGAUCACGGCGAAACCAUUAACACGAGCUUACGUUAGGCUCUGACCCGUUCCGUUUUUGAUUUACUCGUUCAGCGCCACGGUAACUGUUAGAGGGACUCCAAAAGUCUGUCCUCAUUUCACAACAAACAAGCGCAGAGAGCACUUCCUUGAACAAUCAGUAUCGUGAACGAAGACGCUGCUCUCUAUAUACCGAGAUGUUUUUAUUAGUAUUUUUUUUUGUAUACUUUUAAGACGUUUAACUAUUGUAAUAUAAGUUGUGUGUUUAUUUUGCUUGUCAUUACUUGGUCUGGCAAGGAAUUUUGAAAGGUCUUUGAUUGAAUUGGAAACUAGCUUCCAGAUAACACGUUAUCUGAGGUGUGACUAAAGAAGUGAGAGCAAAAAGUGAAUAUGGUUAGUCAUCGAGGCAAAACAUCAUGCACAGCCCACUACAUGAAGACCAAAGUUGACUGACUCAGACUAAUCUGUCUGAGCCUAAAUGUGUCAUACGAAGCUGCGGACAAUUACCAGAUCUAGAGGCCUUCAUAGCUUCUCAUUUUAGAACACGCAGCUGUCAAAAAAAGGGGUCAACUGAAACUGUCUGUGCCAACAGCACGUUUGGGAGUAUUUUUCCUCCUCGGUUGUGCUGAGAACUAAGCGAUGGCCAUGGUGAGAGGGGGGUGGGGAGAUCCCAAUGGGGAGACUAAUGGACUUGGUGACAAGGGUUACCUGAGGGGAGAUGAGGACGACGGGUCACCACAAGGAGGCGGCAGUGACAUGGAGGCCGGGGAUGAUGAUAAAGGUUGUGUGGUGGACUGUGUGGUCUGCGGUGACAAGUCCAGUGGGAAACACUACGGUGUGUUUACCUGCGAGGGCUGCAAGAGCUUCUUCAAACGAAGCGUCCGGCGAAACCUCAACUAUACCUGCAGAUCAAACCGAGACUGCCAGAUUGACCAACAUCACCGCAACCAGUGUCAAUACUGCCGUUUAAAAAAGUGUUUCCGCGUGGGAAUGCGCAAAGAAGCAGUUCAGCGUGGACGCAUCCCACCUUCGCAUUCGAGCCUCAGUCCAUCCACGACUCCAGUGGGCGGUAAUGCCGGGAGCGGCGUGAGCGAGUUCUACAAUGGGCAGCCGGUGUCCGAGCUCAUCUCACAGCUCUUGCGGGCAGAGCCCUACCCCAACAGCCGCUACAGCCAUCAGUACGGCCAGCAGAUGCAGGGGGGCGGAGGAUCCGCCAUGGGCAUUGACAGCAUCUGCGAGCUAGCCGCGAGACUCCUGUUUAGCACCAUCGAAUGGGCCCGAAACAUUCCUUAUUUCCCCGAGCUGCCUGUAUCUGAGCAGGUGGCCUUGCUGCGGCUCAGCUGGAGCGAACUGUUUAUCCUUAACGCAGCCCAAUCUGCCCUGCCCCUGCACAUGGCCCCGCUGCUCGCUGCUGCAGGCUUUCACUCCUCUCCCAUGUCUGCCGAGAGGGUGGUGUCCUUUAUGGACCAGGUGCGCGUCUUCCAGGAUCAAGUGGAGAAGCUGACACGCCUGCAAGUGGAUUCAGCAGAAUACAGCUGUCUGAAGGCCAUAGCGCUCUUCUCACCAGAUGCGUGUGGGCUGACAGACCCAGCUCAUGUGGAGAGCCUGCAGGAAAAAGCUCAGGUGGCCCUGACGGAGUACGAGCGCAUGCAGUACCCUGGACAGCCCCAGCGCUUUGGACGGCUCCUGCUGCGACUGCCAGCUCUGAGGGCGGUGCCCGCCAACCUCAUCUCUCAGCUCUUCUUCAUGCGCCUUGUGGGGAAAACGCCCAUUGAGACGCUCAUCCGUGACAUGCAGCUGUCUGGCAGCUCCAUCAGUUGGCCGUAUGCUCCAGGACAAUAAUCAUUAUCAGAUGUGACCACAGAACCAGGCUGGAUGUCUCUGUUUUGUUUUUUAAACCACACAUUCACAUCUGAUAUUAACUGUAUUACCAAAUGCAACAGGGUCAUACUAUGGGAAUGGUGAAUUCAGUAGUACAUUGCAGAUGGCUUGAUUUAUGUUCUGUGAACUGUUUUAUGAUGCCCAGAAGCAUCUUUAAUUUCUUUCAAAUUACUUGAGAAAUACUGGUUAUGUGCCAGCCAAAGGUAAGAUGUUAGGUACAGUUUAAGCACCAGUUAUUACAGUUAUUAUGUGGAAACUGGUUAAAACCCAAAACAACAAGGUCUGUCAGUUGGGUAUGAACAUAAGUCACUUUGGACUGUCCCUGGAGGCACCAGGAAAUCAAGUCCCACUCAUACUCUGUUCUGCCCUGUCCUUGUGUACCACAAAGCCUGAAGGAGGAGGAAGUAGACAUGAUGACAUCCAAAAACCCAAACAAACCAAACUGAAACGGUCAGAAUUGGGACUUAGGCAUUUGUUUUGCAAGUGAAAACUACUUGGUUUGUAUUUUUAGCUCUUUUGCCCUAUCAAUGCCCAUGCAUUUCUUUGAGGAAACAUUGAAAUUUGCAAAGAUUGGAUUAUGUUUUGUGAAAUUUCCAUUUGACAGAAUAUUUGCGGACUGUAAAGAUACAGACUUAUCUCUUUAAGAAUGAUUCAUAUUUCUUUGACGCACAUUUGAGAUAAUGUGCGUCAAAGAAACCCCCCCAAGAUAAAAAUCACCCCCCCCCCAAGAUAAAAAUCAGUGAACAUUCUUCAUGGAAGUGGUGUUCAUCUAUAUGCAUAAAACUUAUACAUGUUAUCUGUUUUGCUUUUGUUUUUCAGUCACAUUAUGUGUGUCGACCAAAAGAAAUACCUCUACAGUCUGUUGAGACUCAGACGGACUCUGUCAUUCAUGGCUGUGUCAGUUUUAAAAUUUAUCUACACACUUGAGCUGCUCACUUUACACUAAAGAGGAAUGAUUGGAUCUAUCUGUUAUGUUUGUGUUACGAAGGCUGUUUUUGGCAAGAAACUGGCACUUCCUGUUUUGUCGUUCGUGCUCUGGUGUGGCGUUUCACCGGUGACAGCAUGUUGUAUUGGCUCUAGUUGUGAGAUGUAAGUUUUCUAGCCUUAUAAAUACAUCUGAAUGACUAAUAUUACCUCAUAUUUAGGCCUUGAAACAUAUCAGGCGGUCUAAUAUACAUAAACGCAUCAAAACGGCAACAUGUACAGUUUUCAUUUUAAUAUCUUUGUCUUUUUAAAUACUUGUGUAUGACAGCUUGAUUAAACAAAAGUAUCAUACA